AUGGAGAUCCUCGUUGUACUGGCCUUCCUGUCUCUCUCCAUACACGGUGUUUGGGCACAUGGAACAUUCGCGCACUUCGUCGUCAACGGCACUAUCGCGCCUGAAUGGAAAUACGUCCGUGAUGUAGCUGGUGCACCUGAUUAUGAAAACCUAACCAAUAUACCACAAUACGCCAAACGUGUUCCCUUCUUCGACAUCUAUUCUCCAAACAUGGUAUGCGGUCGCUCGGCUGAGAGGGCGGCUGCGAAUACGGAGACGGCGACUGUGAUUGCAGGAAGUGAGGUAGGGUUUAAGCUUGCGGAGAUUAUUAAACAACCCACCCAAGAUCUCAUCUUCCACGACGGACCGGCCCAAGCAUUCAUGUCUCGGGCCCCAAACGAUGAUUUAGAGCAUUAUGAUGGAAAAGGGGAUUGGUUCAAGGUUGGAUAUAUUGGGCCGAAGAGUGAUACUGCUUGGAAGCUCAAAGGGAAGAAUGGGUGGAAUUUCUCCAUCCCAAAAACCACUCCACCGGGAAAAUACCUCCUCCGAAUCGAACAGUUCCAGCCGUACCGACUCUUCAAUACGAGUCAGUGGUAUGUCAACUGCGCUCAUGUGAAGGUUGUUGGGCCUGGAGGUGGAACACCGACCAGAUUUGUCAAGUUUCCUGGAGCAUACAACAUUAGUGAUCCAGGUACUACCCCCGCCAAUUUCAAUUGA